UGAUCUUUCUUGUUACUCUGAGACUCUGAGAGUCUGAACUCUGAGGCUAGUGCGAGUGUGUAAAGUUAAAGUAAACUUGUAAAGUGACUUCAACUAGAUCUAUAGAGUAUGCAUUAUACCUAACAGAAUGAAUCUGUUAUUUCUUUCUGUGACUUCCACUAUAUUGUGCAUUGUUGUAGCUUUUGCUCUGAAAUAUUUGUCAUUACUCAGAUGGAUCAGUGGUCAUGCAUAUGUUCUUAGCAAGAGAAGGGAGCACUUCAGCAUUCUUGAAGUUUUAGAUUUAUUCAAAAAUGUUAAGCCUUUCCCAAUUUCAUGUCAGAAGGGAUGGAAGAUUGACAGCUAUUCCAAUGGUCAUCGUGUCUGGUUUAACUUUCUUACCUUUCCUCAUAAUUUAAAUGCACCUUCAAUUAAGGUUUAUGCAGUAUUUGAUCGUGUCAAGUCAUCAUCCCAGGCAUUACUGCAAGUUCUGAAAGAUAUAAGUCAGUCUUGUGAAUGGAAACCGGGGGUAAUAUCUACCUCCAACACACAUAACCUUACAUCACAUGAAGUGCCAGUUAAACCUAGAGGUCUUCCCUCUAUGCCAGUUCAGGUGGACUGUGUAAAAGAAGAGCGGUUAAGCCAUUGUGAAUCUUGGUUUGGUCUUCAAAAUUAUGAUCCAUGGUUCACUGAAAAUGUUGUUCCAACUGUUUCAUUAGAGUUUAAAAGGUUUUGGCAUAGAGAGGAUAAUGGUGUUUGUUGGCUGUUACAAAUGAAUGAAGCUCUACAGAACUGUGAGUUCUAUUUGAUUCAACCAGUGCAAGAUGUUGAUCAAAGUCUUGUGUCUGUUGUAACCUGGUCUAGAAAGAGUUCAAGAGAAUCAGUGGAAAAGGCCUCCAUUUUACUUUCCUCACUGGAGGAGUAUAUUUCCCUGAGGAAGCUUGAGAAGACACCUUUAACCACUAUAACCUUACCCCAGGACCUGUCAGACAGUGAUGCUGAGUCCAGUGACUCAAGUCUAGAUCGGGAAUCUUUCUCUCCGGAUUCUCCUUUAUUAAGCAAGGUUAAAAACUUUAUACUGGAUCGGCAGUCCAGCAACAAUAGCAGCAGCAGUAGCAAUACACCAAGGAAAACUGAACUGGAAAAAUACUCCUCAAUCCUUAGAUACAGAUGGAGAAACGGGAAGGCCAAGAAUGGCAGUGGGGACAGCACAACAUCAAUAUCCCAGCAUGCAAGUAAUGGGGUUUUGACCUCAGAGAGGAUUGUUACAAAUGCAGGGGAUUAUCAAGAUUAUAACAAAACACCAUUGCAAAGAUCUGUCAGUGAUGGAACAGCAUUCAGACAAAGUCAGUUACUGAGCCAAGAAAUUGAAGAUUUUAACUUUGGAAAUGAACAUUCCCAUGAUGAUGAGGAUCUAGAAGAAAAUCCUUUUGUCAACUCACAGGAGCCCAUAUCAGAGCAGGAUCUUGAAAUUGCUCGAUUUAAAACAAUAAGCAACCAGUGUGCAGCGGAAGUUAUGGCUGAGGCAAUGCGUGCUUCAAACAUUGAUCUUGAGCUGUCGCCUGAGCAACAAGCUGCUACAUCUGGGGGAUGGCUGUUCUCAUCAUUUGAGAAAAACAUUGUUGUGUUGAAGAAAAUACAAAAAACUGGAUGCUCAGUUCAAAGCUACAUUGGAAAAGGUUUUGUAUUGGCACCACCUAAAACUGUAUGGGAUGCGGUCAGGAACCCAAGGACUAGGUUUACUUAUGAUGACACACUCAAGAAAGUUGACAUCAUAGAAACAAUUGACCCCUCCUUAAAGAUAGUGUAUUUUUUCCAUGAGAUUCAGCAGUUCCUUUCUAAAGACAGCUGUGACAUGUGUGUACUACAUGGGGAGAGACAGGAGGGGGAGAAAUAUAUUCUAACCUACUCAUCAUGUGACCAUGCUAAAUGUCCUCUCAGUACUAAUGUUACAAGGGCCAAGUUUCUGCCCAGUGGCUGGAUCAUUGAGCCAGCUAAACAGGACAACAAAGUUUAUUCCAUUGUGACUUAUUUGAUGCAGAUUGACUUUGGCCAGUCAAGUGAGGGCUAUGAUAAGUUACCAUUCCAAGAUCUGAUCUCAAGAUAUCCUCUAAGUAUUGCAGACCUACAGCAGUAUCUCAAGCCUGCUGUCCAGAUGUUGCGGAGAAAGUCUUUAACUUAAGACACUAUUUCAUUAAGUGUAUGCUGAAUGGCUUAAUGUCUAACUCAUUAAGUGGAUGUUCAGUCGCUCAAUACUUAUUUUUCAGUUAACUAUUGAAAUAAGCAAAUUGAACAUAUUCUAAAAAAAAAACUAAAAGAAUGCAAUAAGAACUAGGAUGUUAACUUUUAAAAUGAUUGAUAUCUGUUGUCCUCCGUUUCAGCACAAUAUCUGUACGAUGCAUUAUGGAUCUUUAUUGUUGAUGCAAUUUCUUUUGAUACUUUUGUUAUCCUUAAUUUGUUAUAUAAUUUACAAUUAUUGUAAAGAGAAUUUAAGUCUAUACCUUACUGAAACUAUAAGCUCUGCUACUUAACACAAAAUGUGAUGUCAUAAUUGCUUACAUAUCACACAGCUAGUUUUAAUUGAUAGUAUUAAACUUUUUAUUUAGUCCCAAAUAUUUGUUGGCAUUCAAACAGCUCUUAUUCUUUAAUACUGUAGGCAAUUAUCAAUGCAAUUUAUCCAAAACUUUAAAAAUUACUAAAGACGUACUUUGUACUUAUAUUUUGCUCAUUCAGUUAAAGAUUUAGUUUAUUUUCCUGUACAUAGUUUUCUGUCUCAAGGAUUAAAACAAAAUUAUAUUUUUCUAUGUUCAUCAAUAAGAAAGACUUUAAUCAGAAUGUUUCCCAAGUUACGAGAUAUGCAACUUUUUCUUGCCAAAACUGACAGGGUCAUUCAGUAGGCCAACAUGUCAUUGGAUAUCACUUGACAGGGUCAUUCAGUAUAUGUCCUUGGAUGUCAUCUGACAGUGUCAUUCAGUACAUGUCAUUGGAUGUCAACUGACAAGGUCAUUCAGUACAUGUCAUUGGAUGUCACCAGGGUCAUUCAGUACAUGUCAUUGGAUGUCAUCUGACAGUGUCAUUCAGUACAUGUCAUUGGAUGUCAACUGACAAGGUCAUUCAGUACAUGUCAUUGGAUGUCACCAGGGUCAUUCAGUACAUGUCCUUGGAUGCACAGGACAGGGUCAUUCAGUACAUGUCAUUGGAUGUUAUCUGACAGUGUCAUUGAAAGAUGCCAUGACAGUUGUACCCCAGUUGUUGUUAUGUUACUGUUGUACUUAAGCAGACAUUUUUAAUUCAUGGAUGUCCAGUUGAGUACACUACAAAAGUUGAGCUCACUACAGAUAUACGAUUGAUGAAGUGUAGGACUAUAAGAUUGAUGAUGUGUAGGACUAUAAGAUUGAUGAUGUGUAGGACUAUAAGAUUGAUGAUGUGUAGGACUAUAAGAUUGAUGAUGUGUAGGACUAUAAGAUUGAUGAUGUGUAGGACUAUAAGAUUGAUGAUGUGUAGGACUAUAAGAUUGAUGAUGUGUAGGACUAUAAGAUUGAUGAUGUGUAGGACUAUAAGAUUGAUGAUGUGUAGGACUAUAAGAUUGAUGAUGUGUAGGACUAUAAGACUGAUGAUGUGUAGGACUAUAAGAUUGAUGAUGUGUAGGACUAUAAGAUUGAUGAUGUGUAGGACUAUAAGAUUGAUGAUGUGUAGGACUAUAAGAUUGAUGAUGUGUAGGACUAUAAGAUUGAUGAUGUGUAGGACUAUAAGAUUGAUGAUGUGUAGGACUAUAAGACUGAUGAUGUGUAGGACUAUAAGAUUGAUGAUGUGUAGGACUAUAAGAUUGAUGAUGUGUAGGACUAUAAGAUUGAUGAUGUGUAGGGCUAUAAGAUUGAUGAUGUGUAGGACUAGAGAAAAAUAGCAAACUUUACAUUCCAGAGAACGUGUUGGUGAUAAAAUAGUAGGCAUUACUUGCUACAGGCUCUAGUUCAUGUUUACAAGUUGAGUAAGAAUUACAGCUGUUGGUAGCUAAUGAAUCAUUAAUAGCUAUCAUCAUAAUAUUCAACUGUAUUGUGCACGUCUGUCUACCUUUAUGUACACAUCUUUCACCAAACCAACACUUCUGUACACAUCUAACAACAAACCAACACUACUGUACACAUCUAACAACAAACCAACACUACUGUACACAUCUAACAACAAACCAACACUACUGUACACAUCUAACAACAAACCAACACUACUGUACACAUCUAACAACAAACCAACACUACAGUACACAUCUAACAACAAACCAACACUACUGUACACAUCUAACAACAAACCAACACUACUGUACACAUCUAACAACAAACCAACACUACUGAUCUUUC